CGCAACUUUCUGUGGAUAGCUAGAAACUGACACCACUGCCCUUUUUUUACUCCCUUUAGCUCAACUUGGCUCUUCAAAACCUCCCACACCCAACAGAAAAAAUGGCCAUGAUAAGCAUUGAAACUACUACUACACAUCAAAUCUAGCUUAAAUUCCCUUGUUUCUUUAGUUUCACACACCCUUUUUAUCAAAUUUCUAAACCCCAACAUAAACUUUUGAUUAAGGAAAAACAAAUAAACUUUUGCGGCACAAAAUGAGUAAUUUUGGAUAUGCUUGUGCUACACAAUCUACUUCAAGAUAUGUUCUUUUGCGAAAUUCAAGUAACCCCACUUCAGUAUCAUCUGGGGGAAGUGAAUUUAUGGGUCAUUCUGUAAGAAAUUUCAGUGUUAGCAAAGUAUUUGGCAGAAAGCAAAGAAUUGGGCACUGCCCAUUAAAGGUUGUUUGUGUAGAUUACCCAAGGCCUGAGCUUGAUAAUACAGUCAAUUUCUUGGAAGCUGCUUAUAUGUCUGCAACUUUUCGAAAUUCGCCUCGUCCUCAGAAGCCAUUAGAAGUUGUAAUUGCUGGUGCAGGUUUGGCUGGUCUAUCCACGGCAAAGUAUAUAGCAGAUGCAGGUCACAAACCCAUAUUGCUGGAAGCACGAGAUGUUUUGGGUGGGAAGAUAGCAGCAUGGAAAGACGAGGAUGGGGACUGGUAUGAGACUGGGCUACAUAUAUUCUUUGGGGCUUAUCCAAACGUCCAGAAUCUUUUUGGAGAGCUUGGUAUUAAUGACCGGUUGCAAUGGAAGGAACACUCGAUGAUUUUUGCAAUGCCUAGCAAGCCUGGUGAAUUCAGCCGCUUUGAUUUUCCCGAAGUCCUGCCUGCACCGUUGAAUGGCAUAUGGGCAAUCUUAAGGAAUAAUGAAAUGCUAACCUGGCCAGAGAAAAUCAAAUUUGCUAUUGGCCUCUUGCCUGCUAUGGUUGGUGGACAGUCAUAUGUUGAGGCACAAGAUGGUUUGAGUGUCCAAGAGUGGAUGAGGAAGCAAGGUGUACCUGAUCGUGUAACUGAUGAAGUAUUCAUUGCCAUGUCAAAGGCACUAAACUUCAUAAAUCCCGAUGAACUUUCAAUGCAGUGCAUCUUGAUUGCUCUGAACCGAUUUCUGCAGGAGAAGCAUGGUUCUAAGAUGGCUUUCCUAGAUGGCAAUCCUCCAGAGAGGCUGUGCAUGCCUAUUGUUGAGCAUAUUAAGUCAUUAGGAGGUGAAGUGCGACUUAAUUCUCGAAUAAAAAAGAUCGAGUUAAAUCAGGAUGGAAGUGUGAAGUGUUUUUUGCUAAAUAAUGGGAGCGAAAUAAGAGGAGAUGCUUAUGUCUCUGCGGCUCCAGUUGACAUUUUGAAGCUGCUCCUACCUGAUGAUUGGAAAGAAAUGUCUUACUUCAAAAAGUUGGAGAAAUUAGUUGGAGUUCCGGUGAUUAACGUUCACAUAUGGUUUGACAGGAAAUUGAGGAAUACGUAUGACCAUCUACUCUUCAGCAGGAGUUCGCUUUUGAGUGUCUACGCUGAUAUGUCAGUAGCUUGCAAGGAAUAUUAUGAUCCAAAUCGAUCCAUGCUGGAAUUGGUUUUUGCACCUGCAGAGGAAUGGAUUUCUCGCAGUGAUGCUGAUAUUAUCGAGGCAACAAUGAAGGAACUUGCCAAACUUUUCCCUGAUGAAAUUGCAGCAGAUGGGAGCAAGGCUAAGAUCCUCAAAUAUCAUGUCGUCAAAACUCCAAGGUCUGUAUACAAGACAGUUCCAGACUGUGAACCUUGUCGGCCACUGCAAAGAUCACCAGUAGAGGGUUUCUAUUUAUCCGGCGAUUACACAAAGCAGAAGUAUUUGGCUUCUAUGGAGGGUGCUGUUCUAUCGGGAAAGCUUUGUGCACAGGCUAUUGUACAGGAUUAUGAUUUGCUUGUUGCUCGAGCGCAAAGAGAACUAGCCGGGGCAGGCAAUGUCUAACACCUGCAAUAUUUCGGCAUUCACCAUUAAAUCGUCUUGUCAUUGGAGAUUUGGAUUGUUGUUGGUCUGAUUAUUCAUAUUAGUUGACAUUUCAACAGAUGAAAUCAAACUUCUGGGCUCUGUGACACUGGUGCCACUUCAUGUUCUUGAUAGAAAAUUCUUCUUAAAGGAGUCGAUCUUACGAAUAUUAAUUAAAGUCCCGUUCUAUUAGAUAUUUGUAUAGCUUACUUUGAGGGAAUCAUGUACAUGCCCAAUAUGUAACUUGGUUAAAUUGUAAUUUGUAAGUAGCAACUCAACAUCAAUGUGGAAAUUAUUUUUUGAAAUAUGGAAGAGAAUGCUGAUGAUUAUACUGUA